UAAUAAAAGAAAAAUUAAAAGAAAAAAAAAAGAAGAAGCAGAUGAAUAAACUGAAAAGCUAACUGAUACAGAUUGUUUUCUUCGCUUCUCACUACUGCUAACAGAAAAUUUUCCCCCUCUCUUCCUUAUUCCCCAAACCUCGACAUUUGCUUUGGGUUUCCGCGCGAUCGUCGAGAAAUCUCCGGCUGAAAUGGCGGAUUCGACCUCGGACGCAACGGCGGCAAACGCCGAUACUCUGAAGAAUGAGUUAAGUAAGAUACUGACGGAGAUUUUUUCCUACGGAGGAGAAAUCAAAGAUCGCGGCGAAACCGACGGAAGUUUAGGAGUCUUGAAAGCAAUUGAUGAGGCGAUUACAAUCCUGACUUCUCUGAGGGAAAUUGAAUCGAAGAAGCCAGAAUCUGAUAUUUCUACUUCUGCUUCGUUGCCUGAAGUGCCGAAAGUGUUUAAAUGUACGCUCUCGAAUGCUAUCAUGAUCGAACCUGUAGUCAUAGCUUCUGGGCAGACGUAUGAGAAAAGCUAUAUCACACAGUGGCUGAAUUAUGAAAAUAAAUGUCCCAAAACCGGUGAAGUGCUCUCUAACACUCUGUGGACGCGGAACCAUCUUGUCGAUGAGUUGAUUACGCAAUGGUGUCGAGACUUCAAAUACGACCGGCUAAAGCCACCUGAUGAGAUAGUCACUGAGCUCUCCGAAGAUGGAAUAGAGUCACUGCUUGAGCGUAUCUCCUCUCCUUCCUCAGACGAAGAUCAGAGAGAAGCUUCAAAAGAGCUUCGCAGACAGACCAAGAAAUUUCCCAAUGUCCGACAUUUCUUUGGAUCAGAGGAUAAGAUCGCCCGAUUGCUCAGUCCUCUCUCUGCUUUGGACAAUACUGUUAACUCGGAACCGGAGCUUCAUGAGGAUAUCGUCACAGCACUGUUCAACAUCUCGGAUGAUGAGAAGAGUAAAACAGCAAUUGCUAGAAACUCUUUGGCGAUCCCACUGCUUAAGAAGUCUCUGAGACAGGGGACAAUGAAGGCGCGAAGAAACUCUGCAGCGACGCUAUUGUCGGUUUUAGCCAGUGACGAUUCUUACGCGACUUCAAAAUUACUCGAGCCUCUUGUACAUCUUAUUAGUGAGGGUGAUUUGCUGGGCACUGUAGAAGCCGCUACCUUGGUUUUCAAACUCAGGCUUCUACCAAGGGAGAGUUACAAACCCGCGAUUUCAGCGCUGAUCAGGAAGAUCGUUAAAGGAAACCAUGCGCGUGAGUUGUUUGUUGUCUUGGCAUGGUUUUCUGCACUCGAGGAGACGAUUUUUAUAAUGGAGGACAAGGAGUUUACCGAACAUCUGUUCAGCUUCUUGAGGAAACCGAGUUGUUGCUCAAUGACUUGCGAGAACGGUUUGGUGAUCGUGCUCAACAUGUUAAGCCUGUCUCACAAAAACAGCGUGAAGACUAGCCUGGCUGUAGUCGAUGAAGAGGAGUUGAAAUACGGGACAUUUACGAAGCUUGCGAAGCAAGGAUCAGAUGGUGUGGCGGGAAUAGCAAAAGUGAUUCUACAGUGGAUCAAGAGAUUCGGUAGUGGUAAAGAACCACUGCUGGGAAGAAGGAAUUGCUGAAAACCAGGUCUUGCUGAUACAAACAUACAUACAAAUAGUUUCGACAACUUACUCUCUGAUUCGUUUACGGAUAUCAAGAUUUGAUUUGUAGUUAGUAAAAAGUCUUAGAAAGUUCAGAAAGAUUGAAGGAAAAGUUGUAUAGUUUCUCUGAGAAUUGAAGUUUUGCUACUCUUAAUUGACUUUGCUGUUUCGGAUUCAUUUUUCCGGCUACUGACACGAUGGUGAAUUGAAGGUUUUGAA